CCUUGAAAAGUUGCAGGCAGAAUGCACCGUUGCACUUUGCUCGCGCGAGCUCGUGCUGGAGUAACGUCGGGGUUUAAGUGCGCACGUGAACGGUGCUCCUUUUUUCCCGCUCCGCCGACUGAAAUAAUUAUUACGAAUUAGACCAAACGGUAGUUCCGUCUUUCACGAAAUCGUGAAAGGUAAGUUGUUUAACGAGACGAUAUGACUGUUUUCCCCCUACUUCGUUGGACUUCUAUUUCUCUUUCAACUCCUGACGAAGAGACAGAAAGAAAAAGCGCGGGAGUUCCAGGCAGACAUGGUGAUAGUAGUACUGCGUUUGCAGGGACUGACUAUUGAAGCAGGAUCUGAAGACAUUCGCAGGUUCUUCCAUGGCUUACCUAUCCUUGAAGGAGGUGUCCAUAUCAUUGGGGGCAAGAUGGGUGAAGCUUUUAUUAUAUUCAGUAGCGAGAGAGCUGGACAGUUGGCCAUGCUGUGUUCUGGAAAACAACUCAGAGGGUCGACUGUUAGCCUUCAUAAAAGCAGCAUGACCGAGCUUAAGCACAAAAUGGCGUUGAGUUUGAGGAAACGGAAACGUGCUCCUACUGAAAGUGAACCUGUGCCUCAGACAACAGCAGCAACAACAAACCCAACAGAAUAUUGCACUCGACUGAAUGUAGUGGCUACAGUUGAAGGAUUGCAAUCUAACAACCACGUGAACCAAGAUCAGUCACCACCAGUUAUUACUUCUCAAUUAGAAAAUCUACCCAAAUCGGGUAAGGACGCAAUCAAAAAGAGUUCAGUAGGAAACCGAACACCACCUGUUAACAAUCAGGUAAUGGUUACAGAACCAACGAGACAUCAUGUGGAGACGAAACAUGAGGGAGUAAGAGAGGCAAACUCCUGCAAACCGGGUUAUCUUCGUCUUUACGGACUUCCGAAUACGAUCACCAGAGAUGAAGUCUGCCAGUUCCUUGAUGGACUCAAAGUGGUGGAUGUAAUAACCGAUACUUUACAAGGCGAGGACCAGUGUUGUCUAGUCAAGACGUCUAGUUUUAAGGAUGCCAAGGAGGGCCUGAAAUCCAGCCGUAGUAGCCUGAGGGACUUCCAUGUCGAGGUUAGACUGGCACAUGAGAGAAUGUGGGAAAAUGCCAUGGAGCAUCGUGAAAAUCUCCCACGCUCCACAUUCUCAGAGGAGGUCAAAUUCUCUGCAGAGGGCAGAUUGCACAGGAAUCCUCCGGCGAAAAGUCCCUGCUCAUUUUUGGGAUCGAAAAAACGGCGCCGCUCUAAAUCGCCAUCCUUUGACACGGAGUACUGUGUCAUGGUGAAGAACCUUCCUAAAACUGUUACCAAGACUGAGAUAAGGGGCCUGUUCUCAUGUCAUGACAUACCAAACAGUAAAAUCCUGCAUCUACUAGACAAGUGGAAGGAACGAACAUCUACUGCCUUUAUAAUAUUUACAGAGCCAGAGGAAUAUACCUCAGCCAUGAACAUGAAUGGCAUUGCAGUUGGCUCACAAAUAAUUGACGUCUCCUCCAUUACUAAGGAAAAAAUGAGGGACCUAAUGUCUCAGAACAGAUGUACUGACUCAGAAAGGGCACGUCCGUGCAGCACACAAACUCGCCCGGUUUUGUCUUGCAUCUACGCGCGGAAUUUCCCUGCUGCUGUGAGGAAACCGGAAGUGAAAGCCUUUUUCGGUGUGCAUGACGUCAGCGAAGAGGACAUCGAGUUGCUCGAGGACGAAAACGGCAACGGAAUUGGUGAGGCUGUUAUUCGAUUUGGAUGCGAGGAACGUGCCAGGGAGGCUCGUCGUCUACACGGAGAGCGCUUCAGGCAAGAACACAUUCUGCUUACCUGUAUUUCACCACAACAAAUGAAGGACAUCUUGCACAAAAAUCAGUGAACUCACAUUUUGGGUAGGAUGUACAUCAGACUCAAAAAUGACUCUGGGACUGUUCAUAUUUCAAUGAAUGUAAAAAAAAAUGCAUUGUAUGGACUAUCAUUCUUUUGGUCCAUUUGAAAUCUUUACGGCCGAGUGUUUAGCGAAGGCAUUCGAUAUACCUGUGUAUAUUUUGCACAAUAAACCGUGUUUUAGAUCACUGCCUGUGGAUGUUUUCUCUUAAGUCAUUUGUGCAUGCAUCUGAUAGGUGGACACGACUAAUACAAGGAGAAUACCAAGAAGCCCUAUCUCUGUCAUUUCAUCCAAUGUUAAGGACAUUUUUCACCUGAACUGGAAAAUGUUUUUAAAAAAUUGUAUAUGAAUACAAAAUCAUGUAGUUCAGUGUCCAUUGUUUCCCGACUUAUUGGACACCCUGUAGCAUGGCAGCAUACAGAAUUUUAUUUUGUUUAUUUCUUUAAAGAGUGCUUGAUUAAGUUCUUGAUUAACUAAAGAUAUGAUCAAAAACUAAGUUUAACACAAAUUUUCAUUUAUAUUUGCUCAUUUUCGGCAGAUGCUUUUAUCGCCAGUGAUGUACAAUUGAGAGAGGACGCAAGUGAGCACGAGGGUUAAGGAAGGCUCAAACAGAGGUGACUUGGUGGUGCCAGGAUUUUAACUCACGACUUUCUGGUCUAUGGGCCAAAGUCAUAAUCAUGGACUCACCACCACCAUUUGAAAUACACAAUUCUCAGGAAAGUGCAGUUUUAUGAAGCUGAUCUUAGAAUCUUGAUUUCCACACCGAGUCGUUAAACCAGGUAACAAUGCACCAAAAACUACUCGAGCAUUUCAGCUUAAAACUUACAGGUGCAUCUUAAAAAAUUUGAGUAUUGUGGAAAAAUUUGUUUUUUCAACUAUAAUUUAAUUUUAAAAAGUGGAACUUGCAUAUAUUCUAGAUUCGUUACGCAUAAUGUGAAAUGUCAUGCUUUUUUUGUUUUAACCUUGAUUAUGGCUUACACCUCAACGAAAUGAGAUGAAAUAGAAAAAUACUGUCCACCUGAGAAGAGCUCUAAUCAGUGAAUUAACUCAAAACACAUUUGUACUAAAAACACCAUUGCUCAGUAGUCCAAAGUCCUCUUUUCAGAUGAAAGUAACCUUUGCUUUUCAUUUGGAAAUCAAGGUCCCAGAGUCUGGAGGAAGAGUGGAGGCACAGAAUCAAAGUUGCUUGAAGCCCAAUGUGAAGUUUCCACGGUCAGUGAUGAUUUGGGAUGCCAUGUCAUCUGCUGGUGUUGGUCCACUGCGUUUUCUCAAGUAGAGUGUCAAUGCGACUACAUUCCAGCAGGAGUUGGCACCUGCCCACAGUGCCAAAACUACUGGUAACUGGUUUGCUGACCAUGGUAUUACUGUACUUGAUUGGCCAGCCGACUCACCUGACCUGAACCCCAUAGAGAAUCUAUGGGAGACAAAACUCAACAAUACAGAUGAGCUGAAGGCCACUAUCAAAGCAACCUGGGCUUCCAGAACACCUCAGCAGUGCCACAGGCUGAUUGCCUCCAUGCCACGCCGCAUUGAUGCAGUAAUUUGUGCAAGCCCCGACCAAGUAUUGCGUGCAUAAAUUAACAUACUGUUCAGAAUGUCGACGUUUCCGUACUAU